AUGUGCUACAUAUGUAACUGCUUAGCUUGGAGUUUAGACAUUGUGCAAAGGGCGAUCACUUUCUGCCUCACAUGCGUAUUGAUCUGCAUCAUAUGCAUUGGUUUGACCAUCUGUAUCAUUGCUGGCGUUGCGUAUGGUUACAACUACUCAUUGGCUGAGUUUAUUACAUUUACUAGGUCUGAUGUGACGGUGUACAUGCGUCGUGGUCAAAUGAACGAUCGUCCGGAUUUAGCUCAGUUUGGACAGCGACGAAUGAACGAUGAAUCUGAGACCAUUGCAAACGUUAGUACAGACUAUCAGGAUAAUGAACCUUCAAGUGGUGAGAAAAUACCCCUUUCUGACACAUGGGUAAAAUCUCAAGAUGCCAGGAAAUAUGCUGAAAGACUUACCAAGUUUUCUGAUACGAAAAGUUCAAAAAGUGAUAUCGAAGAAGAGGAACAAGGUUCAGUAAGCUAUUACAGAUUUACAACGCCACCAAUUCAUCGAAUAUCAAUCGUCCCUAAUCCGGCAAUUCCAACGACGGUAUGGCAAAGUGGUAGUUCUGAAAUAGUGAUGAGAAGGUUUCCACCAAUGAAAGAUAUUACCUCUAAUUUAAAGACAAGUGACCCUGACGACUAUUUCUAUAAAGUUAGUGAUGUGGAUGAUAAAGAUAAAAUUAAAUCGAAAAUGAAAAUUAACAGAGAUGAAGCAGAACAAUCCGAUGACAAAAGCAACCCGGGAGAUAUUUCUACAAGGCAUUCAAUACCUAUGCGACAUUUUGAAGGGAGUGCAACAGAGAUGGAUGAUGAAAAUAUGUCCUAUAAACCUGUUUAA